AUGGAUGUAACUGGCCAGUCAUUCUCCUAUCAUCUCCCGAGAAUCCUGGACGAUCUAGCCUCCUGCUGUUUCGUGUCGUUAGAUCUCGAGUUCUCGGGAAUAGCAAAGACUCCAGUGGGACCAUCAAGCGGGCAACAGACACUUCAGGAACGUUAUGAAGAGAUCAAAAGAGCUGCAGAUAAAUACCAGAUUUUGCAAAUUGGUCUAACAAUCUGCCACGAAGAUACCGCUACAGUAGCGACGUAUACACUGAAGCCAUACAAUCUUUACCUGAGUCCUAUCGUCGAUGGGAAGUUGGAAUUGGACAGGGACUUGUCUCUUCAAAGCAGCGCUAUCGAGUUUCUCUUGGAAAACAAAUUCAGCCUGGCAGCCCUCUACAAGGAUGGAGUAUCUUACUUAUCCCGAGAUGAAGCAAAUCUGGCAUUGGCAAAGGCAACAGAACGACAUGAUCGGGUAGGAGCCAGGACCGUUCUUGACAUCAAGGAGACCGACUACGAAUCUCUGCAGUUCUUGAAAGCGACACGAUGCCUAAUUGACGACUGGCUUGCGCUUGGUGAUACUGCCGCUGAUUACCUGAAUAUCCCACCUGCAAGUCGUGCUGGUGUCUCUCAACUUCCCAGGUCUUUGCCAGUGACAUUGAAUAGCUUUCAAAAAAGACUUGUUCAUCAACUGAUAGAGGUGGAAUAUCCAUCUCUCGUGUCGAUCGGCAAACCUACGUUUGUCCAAAUCAUUGCGUACAACAAAGACCGCGAGAACGCUAUCAAAGAAGAGAGAGUACGACGAAUACAACAGCGGAUACAGAAACAGACGGGGUUUAGAUGGGUAGCGGAGGCUUUAGCUGGGGGAGAUCUGUCAGAUCUCGAACCAGGUUGCUUCAUGGGUAUCAUGUUGAACGCUGGGUCUGUGGAAUCGAAGUAUCCGUUGAAUGAAUUCGCAGAGAGGCUGAAACAAAAGCUGAAAGAUCAUCGGCCAGUUCUAGUUGGUCAUAAUCUGUUCAUCGAUUUAGUUUACUUUUGCAGGUGCUUUUUGGGCCCAUUGCCCGAUUCUGUGGGGGAUUUCAAGACUAUGAUCCACGAUCUCUUCCCUAUGCUCAUGGAUACGAAAUACCUGGCUACGCACGACUGCGGUUCCAUAACUCCAAAGUCAUCGUUGCCAGAGAUCAACGACAAGUUGUCAUCGGUCAAGAUUCCACAAAUAAAAAUACACCCACACCAUUCCAAGUACAACAACCGGAAAAUCGAGCAUGAGGCAGGCUACGAUAGCUUACUUACAGCCCAAAUCUUUGUCAAGCUCUCCGCUCAGCUUCGUGAUGGAGGAAUUUCUAAGCACACCGUGGAGAAGGGAGAAUACACUGUAUCCAGCGGUGGGCCAGAUUUGACAGUUCCUCAUACAAAGAGACGUUCUGGAGCUGUUCCUCCUGAACCGAAGCCGGCAGGACAGCGCACUCAAAAGCAAUACGCCAAAGUUAGGGGGCUCCGUACAAGAUUCGACCUCCUCGAAGUACAGGAGCCCGAUGAGGUUACUGAGCAUAGUCCCGAAGAAGCCAAGGUGUCGUUACAAGAUGACGGGUCAGAAGAGAUCGCCCUCAAGGUCAAACGUGGGGAGCUAAUUCCCCGUUUGGACGCGGAGUUCUGGAAAGUUUACGGUAAUCGACUGCGCGUAUUUGGUACAGUAGAACGAGUGUGUAUUAUCUCGAGGGAGCCUCCGCGUGUCGCCAGACAACUCGCGACAGUGAGCCUCGUUGCAGUAUAGGCAGAAAAAACCAGUGCAGGACAGGCGAAAGCAUCCGCAAUCAUUCAGGAUAGAAAUGAAACCCAAUUGGGAGAAAAGAGGCCGAUACCAAUUCAACCUCAUAACCUAUGCAGACUUUGCAAAUGGUCUUGUGUGCAGCUUCUAUCUAACAGUACGCCUUAGGUUAAGAAGGUACCGCUAGCGAAAAUGCCGCAGCGUAGCAGAGUACUCAUUCUGAGCACCAUUAAAUGAUCAACUGGUCGUAGAGCAACUUAACGCAGUGACGAUAAG